UGCCCCACUAUUCGGAACAUCGGGAGGGGAACCAGGUAUGUUUGUUAUGAAAAAGUGACACAGUGAACGACUCGGGCACCGGUCAUGACGGUUAUCCUUGAAGUCUAUUGUAACAAUUAACCAACCAAUAGUCAUAAACCGUAAAAAUGUCAGACAUUGCAUCGGUGAUUCACGAAGGGGAAGAGAAGUCAAAGAGAAAGCGAAUAGUCUUGUUUGGAUACGAUGCAAAUACAAUUCCAUAUUUAAAGAUGUCCCUAAGGAAUUCCACAAUAGCAUUGUUAUCAACAUCAAUGGGAUUUUUUCUCUUAACAAGUAAUUUGCGUAGAGGCGUAAUUGUUGGGAUGUUCACAUCUUUGAGUACUUAUGUUGGAACCACGAUGUACUUUGCUUACAAUGAUUAUAACAGAUAUUUAAGGACAGCUGAAGCUAUAAAAAAUAAUGAAGUGUUAUUUACCGACGGCAGUGUUCAACUGGAUGAUUCCGAUUGAGAAACAAUAUGGCUUUGAUCAGAUGCAUCAUUAAAAAAGAAAAUUUGGAAAAGAACAACUUGAUAGCAAAGGUGCAUUGGUGGAUGAAGCGUACAUUAAACAUGCUAUUAAAGAAGAAAAGUGAAAAUAGGUGGAGUAAUCAUGUAAUGGUGAUCUGUGAUUUCAUUGUGCAUGUAAACUGUAUUGAAAAUCAUUCAGAUUAUACAGACUUGGUGUACCUUGAUGAAUACAAAGAAAACGAAAUCUUGAUCAUAAUACAAACGAUUGUUUUGUGAGAAUGAAUGUGUGAAUAUAGAUAUAAGAAAUUGUGAAUGAAUUUUUUUUUUUUUUUUACGAAUUUGCAUAAUUAGUGUGAAUUCAAAAUACAGUUUUGCAUUUCAAAAUUUCAACCAUGUAUCAAUUGGAGUAUAAAAGUGUGCUUCUUUUUAA